AUGGGAUCAUCUACGAGACAAUCGGCCAGAGGCCAGAAUUUCAAUGCUGGUGGAAGCUUUGUAACACCUCAGAAACCAGCUACACGCACCCCAGCCAAGAACGCGUGGGCGGGUCAAACCCCAGACAAUCCAGUCGACCUGACUGAUGAGCCUGAAUACACGCCCUCGAAGAAGCGCAAGGCGGACAAUUCAGACGGUCUUGACCUGGAACACUUCUUAAUGAUGCAACAGGAACAGCCAAAGAAGAAAAAGAAGGAGCAUGAGGAAAAGCGAGCGCGCAGAUUCAGACCCAAGCCGCCGCAAUCGUUUCAUGAUGUUUACGGACGCGCUCUGUCUCAGCGAUUUUACGUCUUGAACCGAACUAGACGCGGUACUCAUGAUUGUCCCGAGGAAGAUAUUGAGAUGACGGGGUCUACUGGCAACAUUUACAAUGUCCACAUUGGGAAGCGACCCAGCUGCACUUGUCCCCACUACGAGAAGGGCAACCAAUGCAAGCAUAUCCUCUAUGUCAUGAAGAAGGUUCUGAAUGCCCCAUUUGACCUUGUCUACCAACUUGGACUUCUCAGCACUGAGCUCCAGACCAUCUUCGCUGCUGCGCCUCCCAUCUCGGCACCUUCGGGUGGUCAGUCUGACAAGCGCAAGCCUAUCGAAGGUGACUGUCCUAUCUGCUACUGUGAGCUGGAGGCCGAUGACCCUGGAUCCAUCGUCUGGUGCAAGGCGGCAUGUGGUCAGAACAUCCACCAGGAGUGCUUCCAGAUGUGGGCACGUACCAAGGGAGCCAGCGGCAAUGUCACUUGUCCGAUGUGCCGCAGCGACUGGAAGGGUGACGAGGGUGCCGUGAAGAAUGUGCGGAAGGACAAGGGCGACAUUGAGGAGGGAUACAUCAACGUGGGUGAUCAGCUCGGUAUCAGCCGAGUCAGAGAUGAGUCGAGUUACUCUCGCUGGCACACCUACCAUCAGCGGCGCCGAGGCUUUUGGUAUUGA